AUUCUCAAAAUCCUCCAAACAGACGAUGUCUCUCCCCGAGAACACGACCGUGCUUAUUGUUGGUGCAGGCCCCGCAGGUCUCACAACUGCUCUUUCUCUCAUCCACUACGGGUGCCAUGACUUCGUUAUCGUGGAUGCCGUAGGCGAAGGACUGAAUGCAUCGAGGGCGAUCACCAUACACUGUGCAACCGUCGAGGCUUUAGCCAGUAUUGAUGCAGCAGAUGGCUUACUGUCUCGAGCCAUCAAGGGAAAGAGCAUCAGAAUCACAUCUCGUACUUUGCAGAUCUUUGACGCCACAUUUGACCCUCUAAAGAAACAUUCCGUCCACCCUUACGCGCUCUAUAUCCCUCAAAAUGUCACCGAGUUUGUACUUGGGCAGAAGUUGCAGAGCCUUGGUGUUCAGGUGCAGCGUCCGCACAGGGUAGUAGGAAUGAAACAGAAUGAGAAGGACUCUCGCAUCACUGAUGUGUCCUUUGAGGACGGUCAAGUUAUCAGGGCUAGAUAUAUUAUCGGGGCAGAUGGCGCCCGCUCAAUCAUCCGUACCGUCGCUGGUAUCGGGUUCUCUGACCCAGAAGGCCCAGACCUAACCAAUAACCUAUUGGCUCAGAUGGUCUCUGCAGAUGUCACAUUCGAGCCUGAACCUGUCGGUCCAUUCACCCUGGAGGGCCACCUCAACGCCACAGUUUUUUCAGGCAAUAUAUUUUUUCUUGCACCGUUUGGCAACCACUUCAACACCGAACUGACACGAGAUGGAAAGCCCACUACGAAAUCCAUCUUUCGUGUAGCUUGUGCCAUACCUGCAAAGAACGGAGAGCCCCCCCAUACUCCACCGAAAGAGUACAUCCAGAACUUAAUUGACUCAUACGGGCCAGCGUGUAUAACAUCGGAUCCGUCUCUUAACCCGAGACCUGUCAAAGUCGACCAGCUGGUCUGGUCGACACGUUUCAGAACCCAUUCUGCCAUCGCAGACCGUACCUUCACGCGUCUCGGAGCCGCCAUUUUUCUAGUCGGCGACGCAGCCCAUAUACAUUCACCUGCGGGCGGGCAGGGCAUGAACCUGGCCAUCAGGGACGCGAUCUUCCUCGCAGAGGCUGUCACGAAACACAUUCAAGCGUCUGCAGAGGAUCCCGAUGUGGAUGAUACCAUUUUGCAGGAAUUUGCGGAGGCGCGUCAUGCACGAGCGCUAGAAAUCAUCGGCUUUACCAAGACGCUUUUGAAACUCGCAAGUCUUACGUAUGAUUCAUAUGCUUGGUGGAUGCCGUUCAGUUGGGCGUCCAUCCGCGAUUUAGUGCUAAGAAUAUUGGGGGGAUAUGAUUUCGUGCAGUCGAAGGUUGCAUGGGGUCUGAGUGGGCUUGGGAGACGAAUAUAUGUAAAAGUAUCAAAUAUUCCAGAGUGGUACUUGAAUGUGCUCUUGAUCAAGGGGAGGGAGGGAGGGAGGAAGGGAGGGAGAGGUGGCAGACUACAGGCUGAUUCUCAUGAAGACAGCGAGCGCAAUUGA